AUGGAGGGGAUCAUUCCCUACGUUUACAGAGAAAUUAAGAGGCGAAGGACUCGAAGCCGCUACGUGUGCCUCUCGUCGGAAGGAGCACAGAAGCUCGGAUCCACCGACUUCGGGACAGCGGGUGCCGCCUGCCGCCUCCCCCAGCCGCCGGAGACGGCGGGGGGAUUCCACGGGGAGAAUGUUCAUGGGCACCGCAGGCACAGGUCGAUGGAGGACUUCUCCGUCGAGCUCUCGCAGGAUGGGUACGCACGGGAGCUGCCUCUGGGCAAGGGGGCCAGCUUCCGGAGCAGCCGCAUGUUGCCCUUCAUCGCCGGCGCUUAG